UAAAAUGCGUGCUUUGAUGCAAAUUUAGUGCGACUGCUCGUAUCACAAUCUUUUUUCUCCGUAAACCAUCUGAAGAAGUGAACAUUUUAUAUACCGCACGUAGAAAAUACUGAGGAUUGCAAAUUUGCAGCGCUUCUCGGAAAGUAGGCGCCCCAACAUGCUGACGACACAAAAAGAAUACACGGAUUCAUGGUGGAAGGGAUUCCCAAUAUGUCAUCUUCGGUCAGCUAGCUGAUGCUGCGCUGUCUGCGGUUUAUUCUAUAUCCAGGGCUGCAGCUAGUUCUCCCGAGGCGCAAUAAGCGUAGAAGACACCGUCGGGUGAAAAUGCCGGCCGUGACGUGCCCAUGGAAGAUGGAAGACAAUGGACUACUGAACCAGAUUGUGGCAGGGUACGCACCAGGAGGCCAUGGAAAGACCAGCAGAACCGCGGCGCAGAUCAGCAGGGUCACCGUGGCUGCCAAUUUGCAAUCGAAAGGGUCACCAUAAUCAAACAGCCGGCGGCAGACGAUUGGCUGAGUAGAUGGUAAGCGCGUCGGGCGGUGGUGGUGCUAACAAUAAGGGUGAACGAAGUUAUGAGCUUGUUAGCCACGACGCCCGAACAGAUAUAACAUUUAAAUCAUAUUUUUCUCAUAAUUAAUUCCGCCGCCUUUGGACCCGAUCCGAUCGCCUUCCCACCUGGUAGCUUGUUGAUAAUCGACAUGUACGGAAUAUCCCGAUUAACCGAACUCUUCAGUGGACGUGGGCUUUUGGUCGAUUCUGUCGCACUGGAACUGCGCUUCGGACUCUGCAGAUCGGCCGUGACGGAGUGGAGGGCAGUAAGAUCUGUGGCUCCCGUGUGGUAUUUAAGCAUGCACAGUCCCAGAAUUUUGUGGUGGCAAAAAGGUCAAUACGUCGGCGCUUCCGUUGAUAAAAUGUUUCCAUAAUAACAAUCGGCGGGUUCAGAGUUAUCCAACGGCAGUUGUCCAGGGCGCUCAGAAAGAUGUCGCAGUCUACCGUACGAGGGAAGAGUUUCGUACACGACAGUACUGUAAACUAGCGCAUAAACUAGUUCAGGGCCCAGGAAGUGUGUAGUUUUUCUGGUGGAAAAGUUGGAAAACUUUCUUUUUCAGUUUUCACUUUUGAAUUGUAUUUUUAAUUUUUUGUGUGUUUCGAACUUUGGCUUUUGACUCUUCGAAUUUGCCACUAUCCCGUUAGAUUUAUUAUUUCAGCGGAUCUUGUGAAAUUGUUUUGUUUCGGACGUUUGUAAACAAUGAAAUUCCGGUUUUGCGGAGAUCUUGAUUGCCCGGACUGGGCUCUGGCGGCGAUUUCUCUGUUAACGAAAUUGACAUCCAUCAAAAUGCGGCAGCUCGCGCAGGAGGUAGCGAAAACUCUGCUGGAGAUGUCGGAAGCGUCCGAAGCCGCUGGGAAAAUUUGUCAAGAUGCUAAAUUAUCAUUGGAAGACAGCAAAAUCGUUAUCGCUGCUGUGGAAUUCUUCUUAUCCAGUGCUGUCAAGUAUAAUGUCAGCGCAGAAGUCUUUUCGAACGAGCUGCAGCAACUGGGAUUUCCAAAAGAACAUGCGGCAAGCUUGAGCAAAGUUUACCAGUCGACGCCGCAAUUUGCCCAAGUUUUUCUGCAGGGCGGUUUUCGAAUUUCCAGAUUGACCGAGUUAAAGUGGAGACCGGAAAUGAAUCUUCGCUCUCCGUCCGAACAAGAGGCCACCGAUUUCCGAAUCGCGGUAUCCAUGAAGCUAGAGAAGGACGGGCAUCUACGGUCUCAUGUGUUUAGCAUGAGUUUGGAAAAGAUGCUCAUUUUAAAGCACGAAAUAUCGGAAAUUUUGCAUAUUAUGGAUUCAUUGCCAAAGGUCCCGUCAGUGUGAAGUGUAAACAGUUCCUGCACAGAAAAUUUUUUGUAUUUUGAUGCUGUGAUUUCUGCAAUUAACAUUUUAUUGGUUAAUUUUGCAUUUGUUGCCCUUUCAUGUCUAUUUAACAUAGUUAUUAGUUUAAUGAUUUUUCGCUCAUGCUGAAUGCCGAACUGAAAGAAAAUCGUGUAUAAAGUUGAAAUUUGUAAA